GUCAUGGUGUGGUGUAGGCGUUUGAGGUGCGAAGGGAGAUGAUGACGGGUUCGAUAGUAAUCCAACAAGGCAGAGGCAGCGUAGUAGGAAGCCGGGGCUGCAGUCCGGAGGGCGGAGGUGGGUGCUCGAAAGUUCGAGAGUGUUGAAGAUGGCGGGGUCAAACGGGUUUUGUGGUGGAAGGUUCGCGAGCAAUGACUCAAAUUCACCACAAAAGCCGAUUGAUAGCGCGUGCCGCCCCAGCUCCUGGACCGCUCGCGGCAAGACCACCGUAACCACAACGCCUUCUCCAUCCGUCCUUUUCUUACAACCUUCCUCUCUCUCUUUCUCUCUCUCUCUCUAAAACCUCUUCGCGAUAUCGGCCUUUUCCCUUUAUCUCGAACCAGUCCCAAUCAAUCUCCCAAUCUCCUGUCCUAAAGUUCCCGAAUCCCACCUUGAUUGGCGCGCAUUCCGACACCUCACCUAAGGCAAUUGGCGAAACAGAGUUACAGGGAAGAGGGAGAAAUAAAUGCUGGCAAACCCUGCGCCGCGACUGGCCACCCACCACCAUAUCAUGGAGAUGGGGAGCUUCCCACCCGCUGUGGGCAUGGACCACCACUAUCAACAUGGAUACCUCAAUCACAGCCCUUUCCAACAGCAACAAGUUCAGCUUCAACAACAACCACAACCACAACCACCGACAUCUCGCCUCUCCCGUAAGCGCAAACCAGAUGCCCCCCCAGAGAACAAUGAGCGCCUCUCCAAGCGCAUGAGCCUGCUGAAUCUCGAACACUCUGGACCCAAACUCUACGUCCCCGUUGAACAAGGUGACAGCCACAACCAAUCCUUACCCGAUCUCAAUGCCAUCCAUCAUCAACAACAACUCCAAUCCCAGCGCCGUAGCCAUGGCCAGCACAAACACACCCCCAUGGAUGACUCCAUGAUGCAGCUCGACGACACAAAGCACAAAGUCUACAUUUACAACCUCGACGACGAGCUCUCGUCCGACAAUGAGACUGACGACGGGAAACUCAUCUUCCUCCCCGACAUUGAGAAGCACCUCAAGUCCCACCGUAUCCCUCCAAACAUCCUCGCUUCCCCCUCGCCACAAGAGAUGGCCGAUAGACAACUUGUUUUGUACCGGGUACCUUCUUCUAUCACGGUACCAGAAGAGCAAGACAGCGUGCGCAAGGCUAUCAUCGAGGCGAGACAACGGAUGAGGGAGAAGCAGGAGGCUGAGAGGGCUGCUGCCGCGACGAGGGAGGUUCCAGUGGAUAGCACGGUCAUGUUUUCCGCGCCACAGGCUUCGUCGUCAUCAGCAGAGGAUCCAGAUGCCAUGGAGCUCGACUAGGAUCGAGAUGCCACGCGGCACCGCGACUGGGAUCCGACCCCAUGGCGCACGACUAGUGCUCAGAUGACGUGAAGCUCGACUACGGUCCAGACGAAAUGAUGGAGCUCGAAUAGAAUCGACUUCUAUGGAUCUCGGCUAGAUUUCGGAUCCCACCAAGGUCCGCUGAGAUAUGGUUGUCAUAUCGUUCGGCUGUGAUUCGGAUGCUAUGGAUCCCGACUGAAAUACAGCAAGGCGGCCGUCUUUUUCUUUGUUUCGUGGGUUGGUCGGUUCAAAGGCUAUCAGGGGUUUUGAGGUUCCCAUACCUUCACACACGGCGCAUUCACGGUAUUCCUGUGGCUAUCUAGGCGCACGGCAACAAAUAUUGACUUGGGUUGAAAUUUAGCGAGGUGUUUUACAGGCAGCGUGCAUUUAUUCUACAAAGCGGACAUAGGGACCGGUAUCACAGGACAUGGCUCCCAUCAGGCAGGAGUCCGUUAUCUUACAUAGCGGGCAUCCUUCACAAUUCUUGAUAGGACACCAUUAGCUACACAAUAACAGAAACAUGAUUGAAGAAAACAAAA